UCCACCGGAUAUCUGAGACCGCUGAUCGCUCCUACAACGAGGAAAGGCGCCAUGAAUUAACCACACUAGAGAAACCUCAGGAAAUCUCCCCGAAACACAGCCAGCAAUGUGUUGAGAGUAGAUGGCCAAAUGUCGCCGGAGGCCCGAGCUGGACAGGGACUGACGGAGAACGAAACUGGUCUGACAGAGCCAUUAGACCAAUUAAUCAACCUAGAGCCCGAGCGUUAAGUGCACGCACCACGGCGUGCAAUUCCAUUGCAAACGUCAAACCUGUCAGUUGCUCAGGUGUGUGGAGGUGGAGGGGGAGCAGUGCAGAGGGCGUAGUGAUGGUGCUGGACCCAGGUGGAGGCUGCAUGGAUCGGGCGGAGGGGGAGGGCCUGGCCAGGGACACCAUGGAAACCCUGGAGCCCGACCCCAAACCUGAGAAAACCCGAACCAGGAGCCGAGCCGGCAGCAUCAGCAAGAGCGAGACCGCGGCCCACAACGGGCCCCGCCCCUACGCCUGGGGCGACGGCGAGCCCUCCAGGGCGGGGCCCCGGCCCCUGCUGCGCCGCCCCCUCAGCCUGGAGGUGAAGCCGGCGCGGUGGCGGGCGGAGCCCGAGGAGAGGCGGGUGCAGCAGCCCCCCUGGAGGAGCGGCCGCGCCCCCUGCCCGCCCGCCCGCAGCCUGACCAGCCCGGGCUUCAUGCGGCGGAGCGAGAGCAUCUGCACGGUCAACGGCGGCGCGGGGCCCGGGGUCGGGCGCGGGGGCCGCAUGCGCCCCGCCACCUCGCUGCCCCACAUCGCCCGGGUGGGCGGGCCCCCGGCGCCGGCCUUGCCCUCGCCCGGCACGCGCCGCGGGUCCUGCCUGCUGGUCGCCCUCCGCCCCAUCAACAUGGAGGACGAGAGGCGGGCCUUCUUCCAGUCCGACUUCCAGUACGAGCCGCAGUUCCUGUACACCUCCCCCGAGCCCAGCGCCGUGCUUGACAAGUACCGGGAGGGGUCGGACCUCUUCCUCACGCAGGCUGUGGGGAUUAUGGAGUGCGUGCUGAGGACGUUUGGCUCGUAUGAGAGCUUUGAGGAGGCCACAGGAGGACCCCUGCUCCCUAAGAGUCGGGUUUGGGCCGCGGCACGCAAGUACCUGCAGAAGGAGAGCUGUGUGGGAGAGGUGGUGGUGUGUCUGUCGGAGGAGCUGCUGUCCCAGGCGGUGAUGAUGGUGGAGAGCUGUCGGCCCACCCUCACCAUAAACCUGUCAGGGGCGCGGCAGCACUGGCUGGAGGGCAUGCUUCGCCACGAGAUCGGCACGCACUACCUGCGCGGUGUGAAUAACAGCCUGCAGCCCUGGAGCAGUGCGGCGGGGCGGAAGCGUUUCGGGCUGAAGCCGGCCAACCCCACCGAGGAGGGCCUGGCCAGCCUGCACAGCGUGUUGCUACGGAAACAGCCGUACCUGUGGCGCGCGGCGCUGCUCUACUACACGGUGUUCCACGCGGCGCACAUGAGCUUCAGCCAGCUCUUCAGCCACAUCGCCCGCUUCGUGCAGGACCCCGCCGUGCGCUGGGAGUACUGCAUCCGCGCCAAACGCGGCCAGACCGACACCUCUCAGCCGGGCUGCUUCAGUAAGGACCAGGUCUAUUUGGAUGGAAUCCUGAGGAUCCUCCGACAUCGGAGAAAUAUCGACUUCAAGAUGCUCGCCUCUCUAGGCAAGGUGUCUUACGAGGACGUUGAGCGGCUCCGGCCCCAGGCGGUCCUCCAUAAGGCCAGAAUCCCUCACUUCAUGCAGGACCAGGAGCGAUACCUGCAGCACCUCGAUCACAUCGUCGCGGUCAACGAACUGGACGACUCGCAACUCCGCCAGCUGGUCCCCUGAGCUCACAGACACACACCAGGACAUUAUACACACAACCGGACAUUAUACACACACCUGGACAUUAUACACACAUUGUGGCCAAUGUGCAUACGCCUCGAUAUUCUGUCCAUGCCUGGACUUAAUAUCUAGAACUGGCGUUUUUUUUUUACACGUCUGAAAUACGUACAUUCUGAAGUCAUAUCUGUUCCCAAAUAACAUUCUUGUACCUCUGAUGUCAUAUCUACAUGUGCUGAGAUCAUAUCUUCACCAUUUGCUACACUUUCUUCCUCUGAUGUAAUGGCUAUGUUCCAUCCAUCACAGACACGCCUCCAUAAUGUGUACAUUCUGACAAUCUCACAACCACUAUGUACACAGUACACACACGUGCAGCUACACACACACACAUACACACACACACGCAACGCAUACACGCUCUCCCAUUGCGUCCACUAUAAUCACUGUUCUUAUUGAAUUGGCAUUAGCUAUUUAUUUUAGCUUCUUGAAUCUUUUCUUGGCAAUCAAUAGCUGUGUAUUUAUGCAAGUGCAUAUUUAUUUUUUAUUUAUGUAGCCAUUUUUUUUUUAGGAAAAUACCAAGAGAAACCUUUCCACUGGAUGUAAGGAAUGUUCCAGAUAUUAGCUUUAUUUUCCCCUCGGUGGAGUGGAUUCUUAAAGGCCUUAGAUUAUGCCGAAAUGACAAUAUCUGUUACAGCACCACGUGAUCGACCAGUCUGGCCAGUUACUACGGCAACUCAUUUUCUAUUGGCUGUCGCUUUGUGACUGCUCAUGUUUUUUUAUGUGAUGCUUAAGCAACCUCUCACGGUAGGCUCCUCGGUAAAGGGCCUUGUGGUGUGGUUGUGUUGCUGCUUCGGUGCGUUUGUGUCGCUGCGCCGUGCGAAGGAACUUCAUGCCUUAAUAAGCCUCCAGCGGAGACGGCGGGAUGGAACAGCUUAUGUAACGGAGGAAGACUGGAGCAGAGAAAGAGUGAAAGAAAGAAAGAAAGGAGGAGAGUAAAGAAGAAGUGAAAGAUGGCAGAGGCGUGUAGGGGUGGGGAGAGGAAAGGAUUGGGGGAGAUAGAGAAGGAUUGUAGAGGGAAAGAGGCUUAGCGUAAUCCUGUUUUGCUUCUACGGAUCACGGCCUGCACUUUUCAGGUGCAAAGAUCUCGACAGACUGACAGGAAGUCAAAGACAGGAAGUCCCGCCCAAUUCUGCUGCGGCGUGAUUGGGUGAAAGAUUUAUGUGAGAAACGUGAAGGCUAGCUCUCAAUUCAGUUUAAGUUUUGAAAUUUCGCAAGCCUUUAUUUUGUUAUUCAACCAAAACCAAACAAAUCUUAACGAAAGAAACAAAACCAACGAGGAGAGGAGAGAAAUGCCCCGUGUUUACCCCACAGGUGAACCAUAUGUUGACCCUAAUGAAUGAAACAGCUCAAGCUAGGUUUUGAAACUGCUGGUAGCUGGUAUUUCAAGCUGGUCAUCCCUGGAUUUUACACCAGGGAUACCAUCACAGUGAUGACCUGAGAGGCAGGCUGAGUUUAGCAGAAUAAUAUUACCCAGCAGCCUUAGGCUCCCAGCCUUGUGUCUGCCACAGACACACCACACUCUCCUUCUCUCUUUCUCCUGUUUUUCUUCAUCAGACAGUGUAAAAGGUAACAGUGAGGUGUUUAUGUGUGAGGAGUUAGUGUGGUAGGGUUAGUGGGGACAGCGGUGGGGAAAUGUGUUCGGGGUUGUGCCUUUUUAAACGAUGGCUCCUGAUAGUAAGACAGUAAGUAGUAGCUCUUUGUAAUUCACUACAUUAAUGUGCAGUAGACACACACUCAAUGGACGUGUAUAUCAAUCACUGUAAUGGUAUUUUUUAUCUGCAUGAAUGUUGCACAAUGUGUGUUGUUUAAAUGACUGGAGUUAUUUCCAGGUUACUGAUAAAAACCACUCUGAACCCAA